AUGGUUCCCGGAAAUAAUACAGUCAAUAUUCAAUUAACAGAAAACAAUUUUUUCGAAUUUUUCUUAGAUUUCACUGGAGGAAAAGUAAUUGAAACAGAAGUCACAUUGAUUAUUGAUUCAGACUGUUCCGAAGAACCUGAAUCAUCACUUGUGAGUAGUAAAUUUUUAGUUAGAAUUAUCCAUGAAAUAAAAUAUUUUCAGAGUCUCGUGAAUACUGAAACUUAUACAAAUUCGGAAAAUGAAGAACGAUAUGUGACAAUUUACAGAGAUACAGUAGCAUUAUCUGAUGUCUCAUUCAAAUACCACUUCAAUCGAACAGCUGUGCUUGAAGAAUUCACCGAGAUUGUUUCUGGAUUGAUAUGA